ACAAAACACAGUCAUAGUCGGCUAUGUCUCUCAAAGUUCCAAAGGCGAACAAUAUCCAGCUAUUUAAGGAGGGCUACAAGCAUCUGCAAGGUCUUGAGGAUGCUGUCCUAAGGAAUAUCCAGGCUGUCUCAGAACUGUCAGAUCUCGUUAGGACAAGUUUUGGGCCCAACGGUCGCAACAAGCUUCUCAUUAACCACUUAGGCAAGCUUUUUGUCACGUCCGAUGCUGCAACAAUCAUCCGCGAGGUUGAGGUCGUACAUCCUGCCGCAAAACUGCUAGUCAUGGCAUCACAGGCUCAGGAGGCAGAGAUGGGUGACGCGACGAACAUGGUCAUCAUUCUUGCUGGCGAGCUCCUGAAGAAAGCGGAACAUCUACUCAUCAUGGGUCUUCACCCAAGUGAGAUUACUCGUGGAUACGAACUUGCUGCAAAGAAGGGUCUGGAAGAGCUCGAGACGUUGUCCACAUCUUCACUUUCGACGCCCUUGACGCAGGCUGAGCUUGCUAUUGCCCUCAAGCCCGCCAUUGCAUCAAAACAAUACGGCUACGAGGACACGCUUUCAUCUCUUGUCGCUGAGGCUGCGCUUGCGGUGAUGCCACCAAAUCCUAAGAACUUCAACGUCGACAACGUUCGAGUAGUGAAGAUCAUGGGCGGAAGUUUGGCGGGCAGCAAAGUUGUACGCGGUAUGGUGUUCGGUCGGGAGCCAGAAGGCAUCUGCAAGAAGACCAAGAAAGCCAAAGUCGCUGUCUUCACUUGUGGUCUCGGUCUCUCCCAAACGGAGACCAAGGGCACCGUGCUCAUCAAGAAUAAGGAUGAGAUGCUCAACUUCACCACUGGCGAAGAGAAACACAUGGAGAAGAUCUUCCAAGAGAUCGCCGACUCUGGAGUGAAGGUCAUAAUCGCUGGAUCGACGAUUGACGAUCUGGCCCUGCACUUCCUUAACCGGAUGAACAUUGCCGUCCUCAAGGUGCUGUCGAAGUUCGACCUCCGCCGCCUCUGCCGUGUCGUCAAUGCAACUCCUCUGGCCCGUAUGGGUGCCCCGACCCCUGAAGAGGCUGGUUUUGUCGAUGUCUUCGAGACCGUCGAGAUCGGUGGCGAUCGUGUCACUGUUCUCCGCCAGCUCGUUGAAGGCGACCCAGGCUAUGACCCCUUAGAGACUUCCGGUGAAAAGACGCGAACCGCGACCGUUGUUCUCCGCGGAGCGACGAUCAACCACCUAGACGACCUGGAGCGCGCCGUCGAUGACGGCGUGAACGUCAUCAAAGCAUUGCUCAAGGACGGCCGUUUGGUCCCGGGCGCCGGUGCGACUGAGCUAGAACUCGCUAGGCGCGUGGAUUCGUAUGGUGCAGGCCUGAAGGGACUCUCGCAACAUGGCGUCCGUCGGUGGGCGACCGCGCUCGAGGUCGUCCCGAGAACGCUGGCCGAGAACGCGCUGGGCGGCGCUGAGGGCAAUGAGGUUGUCAGCAAGCUUUGGGCAAAGCACGAGCAGGAAGGUGGGGCGGCAUGGGGUGUCGACGUCGAGGCCCAGAGCGACGGUACGCUCAGCACCACCGAACACAGAAUCUUAGAUUCGCUCGCUGCUAAGUCCUGGGCAAUCAGCCUUGCGACCGAGGCCGCAGUUUCGGUACUGACCGUGGACAGUAUCAUCAUGAGCAAGCCUGCUGGCGGACCGAAAGUCCCGCAGCAAGCUGGUAACUGGGACGAAGACGACUAGACAGUUUUUGGAGCGUACAUAAAAGCAAAUGUAUCUUAGCAUAAC